AUGGAGAGCACAACUACACUGUUCAACCUCUACACUUUCCACCAAACUAGAAACUCAUCCCAUCCGUCUUCUCCUUCCCUGCAGCCUUUCCUGAACUCCUCACUUCCUUCCUCCUCCAACACCUCCUCCUCCGUUCCUCCCCCUGCUGCCCUGGUGAUUUCCCCUAAUGUGGCAUACAUGGCGGCUGAGCUCGUCAUCGCCUUUCUCUCCACAAUCGGCAAUGUGCUGGUCUGCGCCGCCGUGGGCAUCAACCGCAAGUUGCGCACCGUCACCAACUACUUCCUGGUCUCGCUCGCGGUCGCUGACAUCUGUGUGGGCGCGAUCGCCAUUCCCUGCGCCAUCCUGACUGAUGUCGGUUUACCGCGUCACAACCUCUACCUGUGUCUGCUCAUGCUGAGUGUUUUAAUAAUGUUCACCCAGAGCUCCAUCUUUAGCUUGCUGGCUGUGGCUGUGGAGCGAUACGUGGCCAUAUUCAUGCCCUUACGCUACCAGGUCCUGAUGACGCCUCGCAACGCCGUGUUAGUGAUCCUGACCACGUGGCUGCUCGCCUUUCUCAUCGGGCUCGUGCCUCUGAUGGGCUGGCACAAGACUCCCCCCGAUUCAGGCUACUGUUUCUUUGUCUUCGUGGUGGACAUGACUUACAUGGUCUAUUUCAACUUCUUCGCCUGCGUGCUGACACCCCUAGUGAUCAUGUUUCUCAUCUACGCUCAGAUAUUUGCCACGGUGAAGCGGCAGGUGAGGCGCAUCGUGUGUGAGCAGAGUGGCAGAGGAGAGGGACAGAUGAGAGCUGCGGCCAGCAUGCGGCGAGAGAUGAAGACCGCCACGUCGCUCUUUCUGGUUCUCUUCCUCUUCACCAUCUGCUGGAUCCCGCUACACAUCAUUAACUGCUUCCUGCUGCUCUGCCCUCGCUGCCCUGUGCCGCUGGAGCUGCUGCUCGCCGCAAUCAUCCUGUCGCAUGCCAACUCUGCCGUCAACCCCUUCCUGUACGCGUACACCAUGACGGCUUUCAGGGACACCUUCAAGACGAUUUUCAUGUGCUGCAGGACGGUGGGAGACCGAGAGGCUUCUAACGCAGCCAGUGGUGAUGAUUGA